AUGCAUCGAGGACGGCGAUCCCCCAAGACAAGCCCCCGGACUUUGUCUGGGCUGGUGGUGUGCAGAGGCGAGCCAGCAUCGACGCUUUGCAUCACCGCCCUUUCACUAGCCUUCUCCAAGGGUCCCAUGGAGAGGGGAUGCAGCCGCAAGAAUGCUCAUGUCAUCGAGGAGACAACUCAACUGGCCUUGCCGAUCACUCCAACGUCUACUUCGGGUUCCGUCACAGCAGCGUUUGUGGAGACGCAGAGACUGUUUGAGACCUCCAAACAACAUAUGUUGCCGUUGAAAGGCAAAAUGAUUCCUCUCGCCGCCCUUGUCAGCGAGAAGUCGGCUCACGGACGGGGCGCCUGCAGUGGCACAGCCUGGAGCUGA